ACUUUAGGGGUAUUACAACCGGGGCAUAAAAACCCGUCCACAGAUUUCAGUCCCUUACACUUUUCCACAACACGUGAAGAGCAAGCACUUUGGAAAAAUAUCGGACUUGACAGUGGGACCAUAUUGAACGGGUGCUCAGCAUGCAGCUCUAUAUCUUGGUGGUGCUGGCAAGCAUCAUUACCUUGGCCGGUGCCGGUGCCGGCUGGAUGAAUCGUUUAGAGGAAAUGGGCCAAUUGGCGUAUUACGCCAACACGGAAUUGUCCAUGAGUGGUCGCGCACUGACUAUUCAGUCAAUCAAUCAAAUGAAGAGAGGCGAAAAGGAAGAUUCUUUGAUGUCUUUAAAAAGAGCAAUCAUUGGUCUUGCCGUGGUGGACAUAGGGGGGCUCGUCUUUACCAGUCCUGCAGCGGAGUACAUUGCAACAUCCAUCGCUAAGAGGCCUGAACUCGCAUUAGUCAACAAAGCCAUCUCUGAUUACAAACACAUCCUCAAAAAUGGUCUGGCCACAGAAGUCGCGGACGCCGAUGCACUCAUAAAGCAGGUCAGGCGCUUAAAAGACGAGGCCAUUGACCGUUUUAAUGAUGUCGCUAAGAGCCUUCAAAACAGCAACACUCCAUUCGCGAAUGAAAUGGUGUCUAAUCUGAAGACAGUGGCGAAACUGAGGCGGAUUACUGACGUGUUGGGUGUUAUCGGUAGUAUCUUCGAUGUGGUCAGUAUUUCGCUAGAUUCCGCGGACCUAGUGGAGGCUAUACAAGAGGGAAACGAGGACCAGAUCAUAAUAUCAAGCUUAGGAAUCGCCUCAAGUGUGGUCGGUAUAAGCUCCUUUGUGAUAGCUGCCACUACCUCUCUGACCGUUCUGGGUCCUAUUGGUGCACUUGCUUCAGCUUUACUUGGCAUCGCGGGUACAAUAUACGAUAUCUAUUCUAGUUAUCCAUCGUGUAAUAUGCAGAAAAUGAUUAGACAUCUAGAAGCCCUUUCGGAUGAGUGCAGAAGUGAGGUCAAGUCUAGCGCCAGUCUGGCAUUGAAAGCAGGAAAUCUUAAUGGCACAAUUUACGAGAGCAACCCAUCCUGUAUGAUUUUCGUUAAUGGGAUAGAACCUGAAAAACCGCUGAAGUUUAAGCCUGGAGACGAAUAUAAGGUUGAGGGUGAGACGUUCGUGGUCGCGGGAGAGAAUCGCGUCCUCAAUAACGAUGUCUUUUCCAACCUCUAUUGGACAGUAUCCGGCCAUACCAAUGUGGGCUACGAUUUUUACGGAAAGUUCAUUAAAGGUCAUGGAGUCACCGUGUUUCUGGACACGAAGCUGAUUAACGGAUCAUCAGACUCUGUAUCCCUCGGCCUACGCGGAGCAAAUAUACAAACGUACUCUCCAGGGUAUGAGAACCAAUAUGCACAUGACCAAGUCAGCAUUGAGGACUACACUUUUCUUCAACUUGGGGAACGAAUCGAGGUGCGAACUGGUAAUGGUAUGGACGUCAUCUCAUUGAAUGGCCCAAUCGGAAGGUUCACUGCUGAGUUCAGUGACGUCCUCUACGUGGAUGCCGGUUCAAAUUAUGGAUCGCCAAACACACUAUCGUUCGGAGGAAUCCCAAAGACGCAUGCGCACAUCAAAGGUGCUUACUUCAACGCAAUAGAUGGUAAAAUCGGGUUUUUCCACGGCCACAACAAAGAGCUGCACAAGUUUGGGACUGCUAAAGCUAUUCGCAUGGUUCAAGGCAGUCCGUUUGCUGACACUAUAGUCAUGGAUGGGGAGGGAUUUAGGGUCGAGCAACAAAACGGUAAAAAUAUCUACCAGUUAAAUCUUGGGAACAUGAGGUAUGCUAGAACAAACAUCAACCAAACCAUAUUGGACGUGUCGGGUAACGCGCCGAAAAUUCGUGUGGAAACGGAUGGGAGCCUGACAAAAGAAAACUUCUCCUUCUUACAGAAAACAAACAAGACAGUUCAAAAUCUCCCCGACGGUACACAGGAAGAACGCGUUCGUGAUAAAUCAGUACUGACCAUUUCUCGUCGACUUGAUGAUUACUCAUGGGAAGCCGUGAGGCACAUCGAUAUGAAGUGCAAAUGUGAUCUAACAGAGACCAUUGUCGAGCUUUACGAAAACGGCAAGGAAACGACGCAUUUCGACCUUUUCCACAUGAAGAAGGUCCAAGUAUCAGGUGAACAGUACAACUUCCAGUUCCUGGGAGAUCUGGGUGGGACUCCAAGAAACGACCUCGUAAGGAUUUCCCGACCCGACUUAUAUUAUGGGAAGCACACCACCAUUAUCGAUCUGGCGGACGGACUUCAGGAUGCUGUGGUGAUUACUGUAAAUUUGAUGGAAGUUGCCCAGCUGUUCGACGGAACUCGCACCUUGCGACUCGAGUCUGGAAAUGGACACGACUACGUGCUUCAGAUUCGGUCCACGAAACCAACCGAUGACUACAAAUAUGACGUCACCCUGAAAGGCGUGGAGUACGUCAUGUCUGAGAGCCUGGUUACGAUUGCCAAUAUACGGGAACUGCCGGCCUUUAGCUAUGAUCUGGUGGCGCCCUUUAAAGAGGCCGAAAAUAUCCCCUGAUCGACACUCUUCAAGAAAUAACGCGGGAAUUACCUCACCCUUCAAAGCGUGGGGGAAACACGCAAAUACUACUAUUGUAUGAGAAAGUAAUAAAGAGUAGUUGAGCAUU